AUUGUAAGCAAUCAGGCAAAUAGAAGCUUGCUGUUGUGCAGUGAACAGGCACUUCUUUCAAGAAGGAGGAGAGCAAUGCUUACUCUACUGACAGAAGAGCUAGCAGACCGGCAAGAAGUCAGGACAUAUUCUCAUUGCACCAGCGGAUGGUUACACCAACAGCGGAUCUUUUAAAGUGAACUUCUACUCGUCUGGGUGUGAUUGCUUCUGAAUGCAAAUUCAAGCUCCUUUAUUGCUGGCAAACAAGAAGCAACAGAUGCACUCGACCACAGGCUUACUUCCCAACCCUGCGUUUAUCUCAACACGCACGCCAAAGCAGUGCCUACGGGAGGAGGAUACACAUGCUUUAUUGACAGAAGAACAAGUGGUUUGAGUUUGAGCUGGUGACUGACAAGAUUUUCUAUCAUUCCAUUUUCCAUGCUUUUUUUCUUUUGGGUAAACCCCUGAAUUUCUUGAGCAAGUAUGAUGUCUGUUGCUGUGGUAUGUGUGAUGUUUUUUCUAGUGGGCUCAGGGGAGGCUCAGGUUGCUUCACAAACUCAGGGGCAAAGCCAGAGUCAGGGUCAAGAGCAGGACAGUUCUGCUACCCCUUGGAGACAGGUAAUACAGUGGGAAAACAAUGGACAGGUGUUUAGCCUGCUGAACAGUGAGGCUGAAUAUGUCCCUGCUGGGGCUGGAGACCAAGAAAGAGCUCCCAGGGUAAUUUUGUCAGAUCCCCGUCCUUCUCGCAGACGUCAAGGAGGCAAUCUCCGUAGACAGGCUCCACCAAGGGGAUCAUCCGAAACUGUCCGUGGGCAGGCCAGGCAUCCUUUUGGCUUUGGACAAGUGCCCGAUAACUGGAGACAAACCACAGGCAGCACAGGAAGUAGCCAGUUCCAUGGUUCCUCAAGCAGUCAUCGCCGUCAAUCAUCUUCAUCCUUUUCUUCAUCUUCAUAUAAUAUACCAUCCUACCCACAAUAUCCACUUCCCCAACAGCCCCCCUUCCAGCCUUUUGAUGGGAGUUUUCCAGAUGGUCCAGUCAGAAACUACGAGCCACCUUUUCAGCCUGCCCCAGGUCCCGGAUACGGUGGAGGAACAUAUGGAACUGGACAAGGGUAUACUGCAGGUGGAUAUGGAGGAGGUCUGGGCCCAGUGUUCCCAGGUUCUCCAUCUGAACUUCCCGAGAACGGUUACUAUUAUUACCAGUCAUAUGGCUAUGGGCCCAAUCCAGUGGUACCUGCAGGUGCUGCCCAACAACCAUUUGCGGACGGUCUAGAUCACAGAUAUACCCAUAGCCUCUUUAACGAAGAAUCUGCCCCUGUCAACCCUGUCCCUGAUGCCAACCAAGCCCUUCCAGUUGUGAUGGGUAGAACAGGAACUGCUGGGCAACCAGCGGUCAGAAGUCCACAAUAUGAACAGUUUCCUCCUUUUGGAAGACCCCGGCCUCCCUUCUUGCAGCCCUUUCCUCAAGGCAGGACCUCUCCAAACUCUGCCCCGGAGAACCCUGGUACCAAUGUUGGCAAUGUGUAUCGAGGAUCCCAAAGAGGUUUGCCUGACCUGGUUCCUGAUCCGAACUAUGUCCAGGCUUCAACAUAUAUCCAGAGAGCGCACAUGUACUCUCUCCGCUGUGCUGCGGAGGAAAAAUGCCUGUCAAGCUCUGCCUACAGCCCUGAGACCACUGACUAUGAUGUAAGGGUCCUGCUUCGAUUUCCACAGAGGGUGAAGAAUAAAGGCACAGCCGACUUCAUGCCCAACAGGCCUCGUCAUACCUGGGAAUGGCACAGCUGUCAUCAACAUUACCACAGCAUGGAUGAGUUCAGCCAUUAUGAUUUGCUGGAGGUCAGCACUGGUCGCAAAGUGGCAGAGGGACACAAGGCCAGCUUCUGCCUUGAGGACACCACCUGUGACUUUGGUCACCUGAAGCGCUAUGCUUGCACCUCUCACACACAGGGUCUGAGCCCAGGCUGCUACGAUACAUACAAUGCUGAUAUUGACUGCCAGUGGAUCGAUAUCACCGACAUCAAACCUGGAAACUACAUACUAAAGCUUGUGGUGAAUCCCAAAUUCUUGGUGCUUGAGUCGGAUUUCACCAACAAUGUAGUGAGGUGCAACAUUCACUACACGGGACGAUCUGUCACAACAAACAACUGCAAGUUAGCACAGUCUUGAUCCAGCAAGGGAAGACUGCCAGAAUAAAGUGUCCUUGAUUGCUAUUCCAUUGAAAUGUGAAUGGAAUCCCUUUCUUCUUGUUUAAAUCCUUUUGUUUGUUUGUUGUUUUUUUAUAGUUUUGAUUUUUUGUCUCUGUUUAAUUUGCUGUUUGGGAAUCUUGAGCCUACAGCAAACCACAAUUUUACUAUUCCUAAAAAUGUGGAAGUUUAAACAUCCCCAUCUAACAUCUUCAUAAUGCAUUUCACACAUUAGUAUCUCAAUAAUGCACCAACAGUUCACACAGCCCUGCAUUUUACGGUAAAAGCACUCGCUUUUAUGUGUUUCAAAUAACAGUGUUACUGGCCUGGAUUUGCUCCAUGAUGGUUCACAUCACUGACUUUUAAAAGACGUGUUCACUGUAUUUCCACACAGUUAAGGCUCAUUUAAGCUACAAUCUAACAUAUGAAAUUAGGGAAAAGGUUCUGCAUUCAUCCAUGCAGUGCAGCAACAGAUCAGAAAUGCCCAGUGAUUCGGAAGAGGUAUAACAAGCCAGUUUGUGUUCUUCUUUGUCUCUAAACCACCUUCGCAGAUCAAGAUGGGAUGUUGUGAUUUUCUGGCCACAUCCUGGUAAAUGUUGUGUUGCCAGUGAAAAGAAGACAGCAGGUCUUAUUUGCAUGUGUUAACGUCAAAUUGUUAGCCACCGGAAAAGACGGGCGAUUUGCAACAGGCUGUGUAAAGCACGACUCUUUGAAAGAAGGGUGCAUAUCUUGGCAGAAAAUGGUGCUCUCAAGAAAACAACACUUGCAGUAUGUUUGCUGAAUUAUUACACCUUUGUUUGUGUUUCACACUCCAACACUGGUCAGAUGGCACAUAGGUCAUCUAUAUCUUUUAAAAAAUGUUAAACCAAUACAUGUUUCUAGUGAUGGAGAUCAUUUUAUGUAACUGAUUAUUUGAUUAGUCAAUUGUGUUUGUUGUUGUUAUUGCUAAAUUUUACUUAGAUUUUUUUUCUUGAUUGUUAAAAAAAAACACCACUGCAGAUAGGUAAAAGCUAUUUGGCUAUUUUGUGUGUAAUACAGAGAGUGCAGAGUUGCAGAAAGCCAUCUCUUCCUACCUCUCCUGUUGAGUGAGUCACCGUUUCCGAGACCUUUCAUCUGCAGACAAUUUACGGUAGAAACUCUAAGUGUCCAGGCCCGGGUUAUUUGGUAUUGCCUGCUGUGUCCUAAUACAACAAUAUUUGAAUACAAACACGGAGUAUUACUUGAAUUCUGUUCAUUUUAAGAGAAAAAAAAACACAAGAGCAAAACCAAUAUUCUAUGUUCACAGUUGUGCAAGUUGUUGUGUGUCAUAUCACCUUGAGUAAAAUUGAAACUUGUCUUUUACUGAUAUUUUAGGAUAUAAAACAACACAAAGUAGUGCUUGACUGUCAAAUGGAAGCACAAUUUCUUACAAUUGAAAAUCUAAACAGUUUGGCCAAACAGGCUAAAUACAAACAAAAUAUGCAGCAACACUACCAUGUUAACUGAGGUAAACAUCUGUAAGAUAACCAAAUGGUUUUAAUUAAUCAACUGUAACUUGACAGUAAAGCUGGGAUUCCAGAGGAACAUCAAUAUCUUUAGAAUUUGCCUUUUAUAAAUGCAAUUGCUUGUGUUUAUGCAAAGAAAGCAUUUUCUUAAUCUCUAUAUAUCAAUGUGCUGACCAAAUAAUGCAGCAACAUUAUAUUCUUUUGUACACAUUUAUAUGUUGUUACAUUCAGAGCAGGUAUACUCGUUACUGUAGGACUUUCAUUUAGUACUGUAAAUGGUCAGAUGUUAUGAUUUAAUGUUCGGUAUCUUGGAAACAUUGAGCUGCCAUAUUGUAUCAUGCAGAUGGCUUGGUCAGGAGCCCUGGCAUCACAGCUUAAUGCACCAGGUGCCACUUGAGAGCUGUACGAUGGAUCUGGUGGUUAGCACUGUUGUCUCACUGCUAGUGGUGAGUUUACAUGUUUUGAAAUGUACUUUUGUAGCCGCUGGCCUCCUUCCACAGCCCUUUAUAGGAUUAAGCGGGUACAAAAAGUGAAUGACACACCACUUCAACAUACAGUGUAACUCAAGCAAAUUUAUUUGAACAUCUGAAGUGUAUCCCAUGACGACACCACCUCAAUGCGCUGUAGUAACCCUGAAAAUAAAGAAAUAUGUUGUAAAUGGA